CUUACUGUGUUCUACACACAUACCUGAUGUUCAACAGUUGUAUCUAGCCUACUGCUAGUGCUAUGUGUUGGGUGGAUGCUCUGAAUCAGUAGGUCAAAAGUGAAAGGUUAGAGGUCAGUGUGCACCAUAUUUGGGAUUGAAAUCCAAUCUACACUAUAAGAAAUUGGAGUGACAAGUACAAACAAGUAGAAUGUUGCCAUCAGCCAUUUUGUUGGCUUUGGCCGUUUGUGGACAACUAGUAGUUGGAUAUAAUCCUCGGCUUGCUACAACCCAAUGUUGCCGAUGUACAGAUUUACAGCCAGAUAAUGCACCUAUAACCUCUGAACCCCAACGCCUACCUUCACCUUUUCAUAUUACAGUCAACAGGCGCCAUUAUAAUCCUGGUGAAGAAGUUCAGUUAAAUUUAACAGCUGACCCUGGUAAUGUUUUCCGUUCAUUUGUUGUGGUGGCCUACCGAGCACUUGACGCAUCAAAUACCAAGGAACCAGUUGCAGUUGGUAGUUUUACCUUAUUAGGAAAUAUUUUGGUGGAAGAAGAUUGUCUUAGUCCUAAGGGUAAAGCUCUACGGUCAAAUGAUGGUUCUGCUAAAUCAUUAGUAAAACUAGUAUGGAUUGGUGAGGAAUAUUAUGGUCAUAUUCAAUUCCGUGCUACAUUUAUUGUUGAUGAUGAAGUAUAUUGGGUUAGAGAGAAAUCUCUGAUCAUCAAAGAUCCUACAGCUCCACCAAUGCCUGUUCAACGAUCACCUCCUAGGGUUAUUGAUCCUAUUAACACUGCUGAAUGUGGUAAUAAGAAAGGGUGUUAUCGUGUACCUGAAGGAUGUUGGGAACCCUACUGUGAAUAUAUCGCUACAUGGAAGGAUAUGGGACAAAUUGUAUUAUUUGAAUGGAGUGCUAUAACGGAGGGAUUAGAAGAUCGUUAUGUUGCUAUUGGUUUCUCUAAUGAUACCUACAUGGGAGAUGAUUCUGUUAUGGAAUGUGUACAUAAUUCAUUCACUGAAAGAACAGAAGUUUUUAUGUCUUACAAUUAUGGUUCACCCAACAAAAAUGUUAGAUUACCAAAUCCAAAAGUUGGUAUUGUAAAGGAAGAGGGAUCUUUAUAUAAUCAACGUGUAAGAUGCCGUGCAUGGAGAGAGAAAUUCCCUACUGGUGAUUCUAGAGUGAAUGAUUUAACGGGUCAAUCAUGGCAUAUGAUGAUAGCUAGAGGUGCUGCCAGACGAGGUGUAUUACAGAGACAUGGAGCUGGUGCCGGUGCCAUCCCAGCUGUUUCACCUGAAAAAAUCAGCAUGCAGAGAAAAUCUAAUAUUGGUGGUCGUGCUAGUUAUCCUUUAGUUAAAGCUCAUGCGUGUUUAAUGUUCUUGGCCUGGGUAUUUUUUGGAUCUAUUGCUGUUCUUAUGACUAAAUACUUUAAAAACAUGUGGCCUAAUAGACGUUUCUAUGAGCAAAGAUAUUGGUUUGUUGCUCAUUUUAAUUUUAUGGCCAUGUGUUUCUUGUUGACUGUUAUUGGUUUUAUACUUAUAUUUAUUGAAGCUGAUGGAUAUAGUGAGUUCCCUGAUUUACCCCAACGAGCUCAUCCUAUUUUGGGUAUAAUCAUCUUUAUCUGUGUUCUGAUCAAUCCUAUCUUGGCAUUGAUCCGACCUGAUGAAGAAAAUAGAUGUCGUCCAGUCUUCAACUGGUUCCACUGGGCUUUUGGAACUAUUGCAUUUGUUCUGAUGAUACCUCAGAUAUUUAUUGGUAUGGAUUUUGGUAAAGCUAUGGUACCAUGGUGGGCUACAUGGAUUGUAAUGUUGUGGGCAUUAUGUCAUAUUAUUAUAGAACUAAGUCUCGAGGUACAUCAGUGUUGUACACACAAGAAGAAUAAAGAGAGAAGAAAGAAGUAUGAACACCAGAAAAGAGAAAAUCCUAAACUUUACAUACCAGAACCAGAACCUGCUGGUCGAAGAUUCAAGAGAUUUAUGUUAUUUCUACAUGUAGUUAUAACCAGUAUUGUUACUUUAAUAAUGAUCAUCGUAUUCGCUGUAGCAUAAACAACAACUAGACCAUCUUAACAAAAACAAGCUUCAACAAGGAUAACAAAUUUGAUGCAUAUAUUGAACAAGAAAUAUGUUUGGUGAAGUAUUUCUGAAACUGCAUAAUGUUAAAAUGAAAGACAAUUUCAAAUGGAAGUAGUUUUGGAAUGGUUACAUGUAAAAGCGAAACGUUCUUUGAAAGAAAUCAUGGAUGAUUGUUGAAGCCUAUAAAGCACAACUUUGUUUAUAAUAAUACUAAGAUAUAAUUGACCAGAUAUAUGAAUAUAUUUUGAAUAUUUAUGCUCCAUUUAAAAAAUAAGGUGUUGCUGACAUUUAAUUGCUACUUAUGUCUAUAAAUAUCCUACAGUUACUCUAAAUCAUGAAAUAAUUGCGUCAGUUAUUCUAUGACCGUCUGGAGUGGACAUAAAAUUUGUUGCUAAAAUCGAAGUACAUCAGAAAAUUAAAAUAACAUCACAGUCACUCCAAAUUUACACAUUAAAGUUUAUAUGGUAACCUGCUUCUGUGGUAUAAAUAAAUAAGGAGCAAGAUCUAAAAAGUCUCAUACAAAUGCACUCUAUAAACUUUACAUUUCGAAGGAGCUCUGUGUGGAUCAGUACUUUAAAUAUAGACAAGUAUGUUAAUAUGAGAAUUGAUAGAGUGCUCUAUAGGUAAUGCUUUAUUUGUAUUAUAUUUUGUAUUAUAUAUAUUUGCUGAAUAAUUAGUGUAACUGAUUAUAUGACCUGAUUUUUGAUACUCAGAAUAGAAGUAUGUAGAUAAACAUAGAGAAAUAAUUAAAACAAGUGAUUAUGUUUUCUUCUGACUUAUCUUAGAAACUAGAGUUCUCUUUCCUUGGUUUGAAGACAAUGGGGAUACUCGAUUGAACAUUCCAGAAUUGAAUUCUCUGAACUUCAGGAAUAGUGACAAUCAAGUUAAAUAGGGGAGUUUUGGAUGAACUGAAUGCUCAAACAACCAUGAUAGUUGAUGUUAUUCUUCGUGUUUAAUCACAUCACGAUUCUGCUGAUCUACUGUGACAGGAUCAGAUUUCAUGUCACUUGAUUGCAAUUCUGUCGAAUCGGAAUGUUCUGGAUUAACAAUCAAGCAUCCCCUAUCAAAUAGUGGAUCAAACAUUAUUUACAACUUGUAGAGUGGUAGUUACAACCAAUAAUGAUUCCGCAUAAGGACCAACUAAAUAAUGUGUCUGGAUCUCUCAUCUAUUUAAAUAAAUCGCUUAAAGAUCUGAAGGAAUCAUGUAAAAGUCGGGGAUUUGCGGAGUCAUGUAAAAACAUUUACUGUAUGAAUAAUGUAAAUUAUCUUCUAAAAAAGGAAGUGAACUAGUUUCUAUGAAAGCCAUUUGAUUUGGGAUUUCCCCAAUUUAUUCUCUAAUAAUAGCCUCGGUCUAAUGGGAUAAUGUUGUAUUAUAUUGAUUGAUAUUAAUUAUAUUUUUAAUUAAAGCAUGUUAAGAUUGUACGUUUGUAGUUACACCUGUAGUUAAUCCUAUCUACCCUUGUUAGUGGAACUAGUGGAUUUUUUUUUUAUAAAUUUUAUAUCUAGAGUUCUCUCUUUGUAUUUAUUAAUGAUUGUAUUAUAUUGUUUUUUUUUUUUAACCUUAGCCUAGGAUAGAAAACAAAUGUCUUGUCAGCUGUCAGAAAUCAGUAGACAUUUGUAUGCUCUCAACUGUAAAAAUAAUAAUAAUGUGCUUAGUUAAAUUAAGAUAUUUUUACAUUUACCUAUUCAAUGCAUUUAUACAUCCAUGUUGCUGUAGUUUGCUUUUAGUGGUUAAAAUAUGUGUUAUUAUGCGCUGUUAUAUUGUCAUAUUUAAAAGCAUAAUAUAUUCCUAGCUGAUUCAAACUUGAUACAUGUCUCUAGAAAGAAUUUUUUUUUAAAAUACUAAUAAAAGAAUUGUGAAAUAUGAUGUGGCUAACUAUAUAAGUCGACAGUACAAUGAUGUUGUUUAGAUGUAGAAAAUUAUCAAUUCUACUAAUCCUAUUUUAAAUGCUGUUUUAUUAUUGACAACUAUACAUAAUGAAUAUAAGCAAUUUAUUAUAUCUUAGAAUCUCAAAUAUUUUAAUGUGAUGUACAUUCUUUAAAAAUAUUAUUUAUGUUAUUUUUCUGUGUGCUUUUUAAAAUAAUAUAUUAUUUAAUUAUCAUUAAAUAUACAUUGUACAAUUUGUUUUUCCCUCCAAUUCAAAAACUUACUGAAACUUGUGUUCCAAAAUUUAUUGUCUCAGAUUUUUCUUUUCACAUUUGGAUGUUUUCUGUAGUGUUUGUUUCUCUUAAAAAAAAGAAUUAUUUAUAUUAGAGAUACUAUAGAUUUCCACAUUGAUAUCUUUAUUCAUAUUUAUAUUGGUGCUAUGAUCUAGAAGACCAGAUUUGAAAUAUACAGUAAAUUUCAUUUUAUGAAUUGUUAAUAAAUAAACAGCUAUUAAAGGCAUAAGUUCUUUAUUUAUCAGCUAACGUCCAAUGUACCCACACUUGCCUUAAUGUAGAACACUGUCUUUAUAUUUAUCAUUUCAUUUAUGCUUUUUACAAUAAAUACUUAAAAGAAUACUUUUGAAAAAAGAUAAAUCUACUCUUUGAAAUGGGAAAUUUCCAGUCCUCAUUUUGGAAUGCAAAAUGAUUAUCAAGAUUAUAAUUGAAAUAUAUUACCCAGUUGCCUCUGUAGACAAAAUAUUUUCUAUUAAUACACUGAUAAUUAAAAUAUAUCUCGUUGAUUUGAAAUUAUCCAGAGAUGUUAAUUUACUGAUAUUUGAUCAAUUCAGUGGAAGAGGUUAUAAAAAAGAUUUACCGGUUAGCAUCAGUCUAGGAAGGCAUGGGAUGGAAUUUUCUUACAAUUGCACUGCCAUACUCACUUUUUAUCUUUUUGGGAAAAACAGUUGUAACAUAAGUUACAUGUUAACAAUUUUUUACAAUUGUAAUUUAAAAAUAUGAAUUUCAAACAAAUUUUUUUUUUUGUACAUUUUAAUAAUAUUAAUUAGCAAGUCUUUCUGAAUCUUUUAAAUAAACACAUUUUUAACUUUUAACAUAAA